AACAUCAUAACAAAUUAAUCCCUCUUUCAAGAUUCACCUUCAAAUCAACAAUGGCGGAAUUAGAGAGCUCAAAUGUGAUGCCUAAGCUCAUCAGUUUCCUCUCUUCUCUCCUCCACCGGGUUGCCGAGUCGAACGAUCUAAACCCAAGUUUCCAAACCCAAAAAAUAUCUGUCUUUCACGGCCUAACACGACCAACUAUCUCAAUUCAAACUUAUUUGGACAGAAUUUUCAAAUAUGCAAAUUGCAGCCCUUGUUGUUACGUUGUUGCUUAUGUGUAUCUUGAUCGGUUCACGCAGCGCCAACCCACCUUGCCAAUCAAUUCUUUCAAUGUUCAUCGCCUGCUCAUCACUAGUGUUAUGAUUGCUGCAAAAUUCAUGGAUGACAUAUAUUACAACAAUGCUUACUAUGCUAAAGUUGGAGGAAUCAACACAAAUGAGAUGAACAUUCUUGAAGUGGAUUUUUUAUUUGGAUUGGGAUUCAAUUUGAAUGUGAAACCCAACACUUUUUAUGCAUAUUGUUCUUAUCUUCAAAGAGAGAUGAUAAUGAUGCAGCCUCAAGUUGACAUGGCAGAAUCCUCCUUAUGUACAGCAAGAUCAUCAAACCUCCAUUUGUGUUUCAAUGAAGACGAAUCGUCCCAUCAACAACAGCAGCAGCAACUUGCUGUUUAAGCUUAAUGCAUUUUUAGCGUGUUUGGUAAUGUCAACUAUAAAGUACCAAACGAAAGAAGAAGCUAAAAUCUUGUCUACUGCAUUGUCUAGUAUUAUGUAUCAUACAAUGUCAUUGAAUUCUUGAUGCAGGUAGGUUAGUGCCUUAGAGGUAGUAGUUUUUCUUUUCUUUUCCUCUUUCUUUGGGUUGGCAAUUUAAGCCCAUAAUUGUACCAUGUCCUUAUUUUCUCUCUGUUAUAUUUUUAAGAUCUUUAGCUAGCCAUGUUUUGGGGUAUAUUUGGAAGUGAGUCAUAUGUAUAUACAUAUAUUGUAGUCUCUUUUGUAAAUUAUUUGAAUUUAUGUGCUA